CCGUAGUGGUCCACCCUGUAUGACAGUCGAGAACCCCCAGACUCCGAGAGACUCCGAAAAACUCCCUAGCACAAGGACGAUCAGUUGUUCGCGAGUCAUCACUCACGACUAAUGCUCAUUUUUGUGAACUAGUGCUACUAACGUUUCUGAUCUUUGGAUCGCUGUGCGCGUGUGUUUGUGCGUAGUGAAUAUCUCAAAUGUUGCUCAAAUUUGUCUGGGGAGUAAGUCCUUAAACAUUGUACAGUGCAAUUGAUCAAGAUAUCAUAAGGUUCCAUUAUUCGUUCAAGGAACAUUUGAAGCAGUGUUAAGGAAUACUCGAAUCAACAGAUCAGCUCCGGCGCUCGUUCAUUUUUCGAUCAAUUUUUUGAGAUUUUUUGGUGCUGCUUAAGCGCUGAUGUCACCGUUGAGAAAAGGCUCCACAGAAACUCAUUUUUUCAAUCGAAAAAGGUUUCGCAUCUACUGAUAUUCAAGACCAUUGUGAUUCAGUGACAGUUCGGUAGCAUGAAAUUUGAAUAAUGUGUUAAACAAUUUAUUUUGGGAUUAACGACAGAAUUAAUAGAUCAAAGUAUCGAUGACGAUCAGUGCGUUCUAGUGAAAAUUCGCUCUAUUUAUAAAGGCUACAAAAAGUGACUUGAUCUCGCAAAAGACUAGACUGUAUAUUGCGCUCGCCGUCGGAUCGAAAACAACUUCUCCAGAUCUUGUGGGUUGCAUCGGUUCAUAAAUCAUCCAACGCCGAUUAAAUGCUUGAAUAUUCUGUUCUUGAAAAUAAUUAUAAAUAAUAAAGGGAACGACGGCAUUGGGCGCCUGUUGGGGUGCUCGACGAGCUCGUCGCCACAUUGUUACCAAACAUGGUACUAGAACCGGGAGGUGGUCUGUCGUUUCCACCGCCUCCUGGAGCUAGUGGUAACGCAGCUACCGCCGGAUCUCUUAUCGGACCGGUAAGAAUCUUUCAGAGAACCACCCCAGUAUUUCCGUUUCACGUAGCAGGAUGGCCUCCUCAUCAUGCGGUACUUGGGCAAGUUCAGUCGUUGAGUCAACAAUCGAUGCAAAUGCAGCAUCAGGCUGCUGCAACUACACGUUUUAUAAGCCACCAUUUCCCACAUCAUUCUCUACCAGCUCUUGGAAGUCAUCAAAUAAUGCCUGGUGUAAAUAUUCAUCAUACAAGUGCUCAUCAUCUUCAUCAUGGCAGCGAUCACGUGGAUGACGACGAAGACAAGAAAGGUUUUGACGGAGAAUCUGAUGAAGGUGGAAGCAAGCGAAGACGAAGCAGAACGAAUUUCAGUAGCCGACAACUAGAGGAACUCGAGAGAGCUUUUCUAUCGAGUCAUUAUCCGGAUGUUUUUAUGCGAGAGGCUUUGGCUGUAAGUCUUCGUCUCAAGGAAAGCAGAGUCGCUGUUUGGUUCCAAAAUCGCCGAGCCAAAUGGAGAAAGAAGGAGCACACAAAAAAAGGCCCCGGUCGACCUGCGCACAAUGCUCACCCACAAAGUUGUAGCGGCGAACCGAUACCCCCUGAAGAACUGAGAAGAAAGGAACGCGAGAGGAGGCACAAGAAAGUACUCAAGGCGCUCGAACGACAACAACGGAAACUAGCCGCUAAGGGUAUCUCGGUGGACCUGUCAACGCUACGAGCAGAGUGGGAGUCGCGUAGCGCAGCAGCAACGGGUGGUAAUCAGUUGGGGAAUCAGCUGAGUACGUCGUACUGUCAGUUGAGCGGUAUGAACGAGGGUAGCAGCGUGUCGGGCUCGGGUGCGGACGCGAAUGAAGAGAUUGAUGUAGUGGGGGGCUUGGACUCGUGUAGCGAAAGCGAAAGUGACAGAGUGGAGUCGAUAGCGGAUGGUUCAGUGGAUGGUGAGAUAUAUCCAAGGAUCGAGCGUUCUUCAAGUUACAGUAAUGGUCCGAGUGUCAUGACGGUAUCGUUGCUAGGUGACCAGAGCGUCGCGAGUACGAAUAUGAGCGUCGGUGGUCUCGUUGUUUCAUCGACGGUAUCGUUGGUGGGUGAUCAGAGGCUUUCGAGUACGAAAGUAAGCGUUGGUGGUCUCGUUGUUUCGUCGGGCAAUCACCAUCAGACGGAAUUGAAUCAUCAACAGGGUAUACGUCAUUGGAGUUUGAGUUUAACGGAGAGAAGACGCGAGCUGGUAAAUCCAUCACUGAGAAGAGCUGGUAGUGUCGAAAAUCAUGAUAACCGAGCAUCGAUGUUGCGCCACGGUAUGGAAAUGACGAGUAACGAGGAUGAGCCGCAAAGUGGCAGCAUUGAUCUGUCGGUCAAAGGUCGCGAAGAAAGAAAACGAUUAAAUCCAUUUUCGAUCGAGAGUCUACUUGGUAACACGAGAUCAAGCACUCCCGUUGGUCAAAGGGACUUCAAUAAUCAUCAUAAUCAUCGUAAUAAUAUUAACAACAAUAACAAUAAUAGUAGUAACAAUAAUAACGAGAACAACAAUAGCACUAACAAUAACUAUAAUAAUCGUGCCUCGUCACCCUCGACUUUGUCGAAUGGUCGACAAUCCACGAGCCCAGCAGCCUCACCGACCUCACCGAUCUCUAUACCGACCUCACCUUCAACCACGUAGUCAUUGAUAUGAUCCAUGUACGAAAUUAAUUCCCCCCUUCGUUUUUUUUCGUAAGUCAGAUUAUCGAUGAGUUGAAGAAUCCAGCAGCAUGUACCACUUCUAAUUACAUCGUUUCAUUUUAUUUUGUUUAAAAUCAUCGAUUCAUUUUUCCUUUGAACAUGUACCCAGCACGUUCGGAUUCUGAUUUUUUAAACCCUGAUGCAUGAAACUUUGCCCACAACGACAAAAUGAACCGUUCGGAAUCUUUACUUGUUUUAAUUGUUACGCGCGGAGCCAGUCCCAUCACUGUUUCCACAAUCGGAGGCCCGGUGAAAUUAUAUAUAUUAGUUUUGUGUAUAACCGAAUUUCAAAGUUAUCUUUCGUUAGCCUAUAGAUUGGUUUGCGAAUUUGGAGCACGAAUAUUGGGCGAUCAAUUCCAUUACCUUGGUAUAAAAAUUACCGAAUCAUAUUUCAGUAAAAUAAGUUGGAAGGAACCAAAUACAAAGCAGUAUGGUUCGAAACAUAUUUUAACGAGGCAAAUAUUAAUUUCACGUUUUUUCAAAAUACUUCGAUCAUUCGAGGGGAUAAUAUUUUGUUAGGCGUUUCGUAAAAACUUACCGAUGAAGUCCAGCACGAAAUCAAGUGAAAAAUGAUGAAGCGAUUAGUCCUCAGAAUUUCAUUCCAUCAAAAGAAAAAUAAAAUUGAAUUGAAAAAUAGCGUUGGGUGAGCGAGAGACAGAAUGAUCGGGAGGUAAAUCGGAGGAAAUAUUUAAACAAGUCACAGAAACAUACUGAAUUUUAUUCAUUUGUUGAGUCGAAUUUUUUUAUUGCUUCGUCACAGAAUGAAUGAAGAAAUGAAAUAACUAAACAAAAAAAAACAAAUACUUGUCCCUGGAGGCAAUUUAUAUCAAAAUGUCGACAUAUCGAGAAAAAAAAUAAACUUUGAGAUUUUCCACGGGAAGAGUAUGAAUUUAUGAGCGUAGGGAAAAAAUACCGAAGAAAUAUGGUGUGCAAUAAAAAUAAUUGAAAAAAAUUCAUUCAAUUUAUUAAGGAUAAUUGUCCUAGUAAUUGUCCUAAGUAAUGCGAGAGUUGGAAAGAGCGAUGAGGUUUUGAGAGUGAUCGAACACCCAUCGGAUUAUGUAUUUAAUGUAAAUAGUGAUGAGAAAACGAAAUUAUUUAAUUCACUUUAUAAAUAUAUAUGCUAUUAACUAUAUGCAUGUAUAAAUACAUACAUAUAUAUUUCAGUUUCACGAGAAAUUCGUAGAGCAAAAUAUCUUGUUUAAAGCAAUAGAGACGAGAAUGCAGUACGUUUGUGUGUUUAAGUGCGUGAAAUAGUCGAGUGAAAGCCUGAAUGAUAUAAGUAUGUUGUAAAUAUAGAUGAGAUAGAUGAGAAGGCUGAAUAAUGAUAAUAAAUUAACAAGAGAA